UACCUUUGCAGUCAAUGUACAAAGCAGUUCAAUCGUCCAAGCGCUCUAGAAACACAUUUAUAUACACAUAGCCUUGAAAAGCCGUUUCAGUGUCUAAGCCCUAAUUGCGGUCGAAAGUUCUCGGUAGUCUCUAAUUUAAGAAGGCAUUUUAAGGUUCAUCAAAAG